GUUGAAGGGCUCGCACACUGUUGUCCCACCUAAGGACGGAACCCACAGGCUCUUCCUGGCACCGGUGGACCUGGCUCUUCUUCUCCGGUGACUGAGGUCAGAGUUCACCAGAGACGCUCACAAUGGCUACCGAUCUCCUGCUCAAUGACCUGGACACCAAGUUCUUUGCAGACAACCUGCUCACCAGCGAGGAUUGGGACACAGGUCUGUACACCUAUGGAGAUGUGUCGGAUGACUGUGGGGAGCUGUUUCCGCCCGGAUUUAAUUCCUACCCUCUGCACUUGUACGACAGCCAGAUGGAUGUGGAGUCAUGUUCCGUGUCCUCGUCUCUGGAUGAGAUUCACAGCGUGAACUUGUCAGAUUUUUUAGUAAAGGCAGAACCAGCGUCUCCCUUUUCUUCAUCGUCGUGUGACUCUUCAUCCUCCUGUGAUGGUCUGUACACGCCAUCCUUAGGAGGGGUCGGGACCUCUGUGAAAGUAGAGCUGCCACCAUCUCCCCAGUGUCCAGCCUUGGAGACCCCUACAACCCCCUGCGGCACAUUACAGAUAACUCUCCUCCCCGUCUCCCCAGCCACAGGUACGACUGGAUGUCUUCCUAAAUCCAACAGUUUCCUGUCUAAGAAGCCAGCAUUACAACCCAGACCUGCACCAGGGACCAAACCAGCCCCCACCCCAAGCUCUGCAGCGCACGCCAUCAUCCUGCACCCAGUGACCAGUCCCCCUCCAGCACCACAUGCUCCUACUCUCACAGCUUCUUCACCUGUGUUGGUGCCUCAGCUCCUGACCGUACAAAAUGGAGGACAUGCAACAUCACCUGUUAAAUCUGAAGCCAAGACCAUUGUGCCUGCCCCGAGCACUGGCAAGAGCAGCCCUACUGAGGUGGACCCUAAGCUCUUAAAGAGACAGCAGCGCAUGAUCAAGAACCGAGAAUCGGCAUGCCAGUCUCGGAGGAAGAAGAAGGAAUAUGUGCAGGGCUUGGAGGGCAGACUGCAGGAGACGCAGAGACAGCUGGAGAACGCUCGCCGGGAGAACAGAGAACUGCGGGAGACAGUGCAGCAUCUGAUGAGAGAGAACACCUCACUGCGCGGCUCCUCCGGGAAUCGGAAAGUAGUAUGUGUGAUGGUUGUACUUCUGUUCCUUGCCUUUAACUUUGGACCAACAAGUUUCAUACCCAGUGUACAGGAGGAGUCUGUGAAAAGCCCAGAAAUAUCCAGCAACGUUCGGCACUUAUUGUCUUACAAAAAUGAAGACGACUCAUCGAAGCUGCCGCAAACGAAGCUCUACACGCCCCGUCCUGCUAAACCGAAGAGCACUUACAGUAAUGCUAGUGCGUCACUGGCUAACGUGAAGCACCUGAUGGUCCAUGACUUGGAUCAGCUUUUCCUGGCAUCGGACUGCAGACACUUUAAUCGCACUGAGUCCCUCAGAUUAGCUGAUGAGAUCAGCUUGUGGAUUCGUCGACAUCAAAAUGAAAGGAAGACAGGAAAGCAUCCUCCAAAAAAGCAGAGGAAAAUAAGGAAUCCUCAGGUACGGAGCAACGUGGCCAUAUCAGACCUGGUCCCAGCUCACACGACCAGAAUGCAGUCACAUAGGAUAGCGAAUGCUCCUCUGCAGCUGUUCGGUCCUCAGGAGCACAGCGAUCAUUCCCUGAUGGACGCCAUCGAGAGACGGGAAGAUACCUUCUAUGUGGUCUCAUUCCGGAGGGAUCAUCUUCUCUUGCCAGCUAUAAGUCACAACAAGACAUCUCGGCCUAAAAUGACUCUGGUGAUGCCAGCCUUGCCUGUGAAUGACAACGUGUACAACAACUCCAAAGGCUAUGAGACCAUGAUGCAGAUAGACUGCGAGGUUAUGGACACCAGAGUCAUCCAAAUCAAGUCCUCCACGGUCCCUCCUUCACUGCGCACGCCUCACAGUCCUCCUCAACAGCAGGGGGCGUCACGGGGGAACCUCUCCCUAUAUCUACAGGACCAAAUGACGCCGGAUGAUGGUCAGAACUGAGCCCGGAGGAGGCAGAACACGAGCACUUAUCACUUUCUCUACAGAAACAUGGAAGUGUAAAUAUACCUAUAUGUAUAUAAGAGGAU